AUGCAGGUGCUGCUGCAGCAGAAGCUCGCUGACAGUAACAGCAGCAGCAGCAACAGCAGCAGCAGCAGCAUUUGGCAGCAGCAUAUGCUGGCUUUACACGCUGCGGUAGUUCGUGCUGCUGCACUCGAGCUGCUGCUGCAUCUACUGCUGCCUCUGCAGCAGGUCCUUCGCACCUGCUGCCCGUCCUGCAGCAGCAGCAGCAGCAGCAGCAGCAGCAGCAGACGGCUAGACUGGGGUUUGGCUGCUAUUUCCUCGCUGCGGAUUGUUUGUAGAGAGGCCUCUAUCGUGUCGCUGCGAUCUGAAGUCUGCAUACCAACAGCAGCAGCAGCAGCAGCAGGAGACUCUGCUGCUGCUGGCACUGCUGCUGCUUUCAGGGAGGCUCUUGCUGCUGCGAUGGACGAGCUGCCGCCGCUGCUGCAGAAGACUGGGAGCAAGUUUGCUGCUGAAGCUGCAUCAGCGAGGUCCGAGCAGCAGCAACAGCAACAGCAGCAGGAGCAGCAGCACAGCGCUGCAGAUCUUGCGGCAGCAGCACUGCAGCAAGUUGCUGCCGUUGGCUUCUUCCUCGAUUGCUCGCUGCCUCCACCGUUGCUGCAUAAGUUGUCCUGCUGUCUCGCCUACGACUCAAAGCAGCAGGAGCAGCAGCAAGAGCCUAGCAGCAACGGUGGGGAAACGCAAGAUGCUGCUGCUGCUGCUGCUGCUGCUGUUGACUCCCCCAUCGAGUCUCCUUCCGCUCCUGCAGAUACCUGGGAAGAGCGGCAGCAGCAGCAGCAGCAGCAGCAGCAGCAGCAAGAGGGAGGUGCGCGGGGUGGCGAGGGCUUCAUGAGUCCGCAGCAAAACCCUGGGCCGCAGCUCUCCCACUGCACAGACCAGCCGCAGCAGCAGCAGCAGCAACAAAAGCAACAGCAACAGCAGCCGCAGCAGCAGCAGCAGCAACAACAACAACAACCGCAGCAGCAAGGACAAUGCGUUUGUUGCUGUGCCGAAACACAGAAGCAGCAGCAGCUGCUGCAGCAACUGAAGAAGCAAGAGGUGGUCGCGCAGCAAGCAGCAGCGGCAGCAGCAGCAGCAGCAGCGCAGCAGGAAGCAGCAGAAGAGGAGGGAUCCCUGUCUGAUGAUGAGGUAGCAGUUGGGGUGUUGCUGCAGCAGCGGGAGGCGCAGCGUGCUGCUGCAGCUCUUCUCUACGCACGCCAGACGCUGCAGCAGCAGCAGCAGCGGCUGCAGCUGCUGCUGAAAGGUUGCUGCUGCGGUGCCGCUUCCCAUACACCGGAAGCAAACGCUGCUACAACAACUGCUACUGCAGCAGCAACAACAGCAACAGCAGAAGCAACAGGACAAGCGGGAGCUACAGCAGCGAGAGAAGCUGCAGCCGCAACACAAGCCCCAGCAGAAGCAGCACCAGAAGCAGCAGCUGCAUCACCAGCAGCAGCAGCACCUUAUUUGGCUGCUGCUGCACCAGCAACUGCUGCAGAAGCGGCGAGGGAAGAGGCUCAAGGGGCCGCCGGCGACACGCCAGCAGCAGCAACAGCAGCAGCUGCUGCUGUUGCUGCUGCUGCUAGUGAAGGAGGCUGUGAAAUCCUCGGAAAUUCAAGUACGCCGCAGCGAGAACAGCAGCAAGAGCAGCAGCAGCAGCAGCAAAAGCAGCAGCAGUCGCAGCCGUUGCUGCCGCAGGGUCAAGGAGAACCUGCAGCUGCAAGUAGUAGCAGCAGCAGCAGCAGCGACAGCAGCAGCAGCAGCAGCAGCAGCAACGACAGCAGCAGCAGCAGCAGCACAAGCAGCAGCAGCAGACAGAGCUCUGCGAAGCGGCAGCAUCCUUCAGACCCUUCUUCCCUUGGCAGCGAACCCACUGACAGUCCAACAGCAGCAGCAGCAACAACAGCAACAACAGCAGCAGCAGCGGCAGCAACAGCGCAGAAGCAGCACGAGGAAAGCCACCACAGCGGCGGCACGAGGCGCAGCAGCAGACUCGCCAACAGCAGCAGCAGCAGCAGCAGCAGCAGCUGCAGCAGAAGACCCUCGCUCCUCUCUUCAGCUGACUCACCGCCCCACCGAUUGAAAUUUCCGCGUCUCUUAGACGCACAGCCCACAGACAAAACCGAACAGUGGCCCUCCGAUGAAGAGCCUCCCCAGCUGCAGCAGCAGCAGCAGCAGCAGCAGCAGAAGCAGUACGGGUUGAUAUCUCCACCCAAGCCGUCGGCUCCUGAUCGUCGGCUCCGGUGCUGGACGCGCACUCAGGAAGAGCUUCUAUUAGAGGGUGUACGGCGCUUCGGAAAGGGCAACUGGAAAGAAAUACAGCAGGAGCAUCCGCUGCUGCGGCGAUUCACCAACGUGCAGCUCAAAGACAAAUUCAGAAACCUGCAGCGACACAUUCAAACCCCAGGAGACUAG